AUGCAGACCACCCGUCAGCUGAACCAGCUAUUUACCUUUGAAGGCGCCACAGAGCAGGAGCAAGUCCCCUCUUCCGGACCAGUCGCACCACUCACCUCCCAGAAUCUCAGCACCCUCAGUCGCAAGCGCUCUUUGUCAACAGCAUCAUCCACACCGAACUCUGACACAGACCCCGACACUAAUUCGCAGUUAUCAGGCGCGAACUCGCACAGAUCUGAGCCUUUCAACAUGCCAGAUCACCUGACAGUCAUGGCCAUGCGUCACCUUCUCGAUCACAAUCAGAUUUACAUCGACAAAACCCUUGCUCGAGAACAAGGUGCAGCCAUUAUAGCGAAAGCCAUGGAAACUCUAGACGGCAAACGAGGUUCAGAUUGGUCGGGAUCCAAAGUCGCUGAAAUAAUGGAAAUCAUCCACUACAACAAGGAUCAGAACGAAGCCACAUUUCUUUGCGAAGUCUUUCACAACCUUCUGGGCAUUAAGCGCUCGGUAUCAAAUGACGUAGAAGGCGAGCGCACUUAUAUCGACCAAUCUUGGUCCAAAAGCUUUUUACGAACAAAGUGGGAUAACGAAUUUGUCGGCAAUGACGUGCCAACUCUCAAGAUCCCAGAUGAUGAUGUAGCAUACUGGAAGGCAAUCCUAGCAGCGUUCCCUCGUAUUAAGAGCCCAAAGCCUGAUGUUUCGUACUCAAUUGACAGUAAUGCGUACGAUUCAAACCUCAAACUCAAGAAGGUGAUUGAUUUCGUACACUGUCAAUUGGGCGGGCGGGGACGCCUACCAUACUUUUUUCGCCGGCGAAUCUCUAUCCAUAAGGCAGAGAAUCAAGCUAUGACUACUGGCGCCACUAUGUGCGAGCACUCGCGCCGCUGCCGUCGAGCUUUCACUGCUCAGCCUAAUCAAGAGCCCCAACCAGUGACUACGCCCACGCCAGACGCCGAAUCAUUUGUCUUUACCAUAGCGAUCGACCCUGACCAGGUGAAACUUUUCGUCAACUGGAUUCUUGUGCAUCCACCGCUGGAUAACACGUACCAUAUGCAUCAUCUUCGUACGUACACCUUCAACAAUGCAGAGCACGUCGCUAUACUGCAUCAUGACCUGGACAAUAUUCUGGAUUGGGGUGUUGGGAAGCGUAAGAGAGACUUUGACACGCUUGCUGAGGCAAGUUUGGAGAGUGGGAUUGUUCCUCCUGGGCCACCACCAGGACCGCCGUCGGCCAAGAAGGCGAGGACUAAGUAG